AGGCCUUGAGAGGCUGGAAAUUCCCGCGGCGGCGGCUCCUCCCCCGCAGAAAUCCCCUCCGCCGCCGUGUAUAUGCGGCGCGCCGCCGCCGCCGCCGCUCACUCGCGGAUGCCCGCCCGGCCGGCAGCGCCAGCCCCGCUCCCGGCCCCGCUCGCAGAGCCCCGCUCCCGGCCCCGCCAGCCGCCCUCGGAGCCGCGGCGCCCCGCCGCCCUCAGAGCCCCGCCGCCAUGAUCAGCGCCCGCCUCGCCGCCGAGCCGCCCGCCGCGGAGGGCUGCGAGCAGCCCCGCAAGGAGCGGCCGGCCGGGCUGCUGCCGCCCGACGACCGCCACGACAGCGGGCUGGACUCCAUGAAGGAGGAGGAGUACCGGCAGCUGGUGCGGGAGCUGGAGGACAUCCGCCUGCAGCCCCGCGAGCCGCCUGCCCGCCCGCACGGCUGGGCGCAGCAGCUCACCGAGGACGGGGACACUUUUCUCCACUUGGCGAUAAUCCACGAAGAAAAAGCCCUCAGCCUGGAGGUGAUCCGGCAGACCAGCGGGGACCGUGCUUUCCUGAAUUUCCAGAACAACCUCUGCCAGACUCCCCUUCACCUGGCAGUGAUCACUGAUCAGCCCGAAAUCGCUGAGCACCUCCUGAAAGCUGGAUGUGACCUGGACGUCAGGGACUUCCGAGGAAACACCCCGCUCCAUAUCGCCUGCCAGCAGGGCUCGCUCAGAAGCGUCAGCGUCCUCACACAGUACUGCCAGCCCCACCACCUCCUCGCCGUCCUGCAGGCGACCAACUACAAUGGACAUACGUGUCUCCAUUUGGCAUCUAUUCAAGGAUAUCUGGCUGUUGUCGAAUACCUGCUGUCCUUGGGAGCAGAUGUAAAUGCUCAGGAGCCAUGCAAUGGCAGAACGGCGCUGCACUUGGCUGUGGACCUGCAGAAUUCAGAGCUGGUGUCACUUCUGGUGAAGCAUGGGGCAGACGUGAACAAAGUGACCUACCAGGGCUACUCCCCUUACCAGCUCACGUGGGGAAGAGAGAACUCCAGCAUACAGGAACAGCUGAAGCAGCUGACCACAGCUGAUCUGCAGAUGUUGCCUGAAAGUGAGGAUGAGGAGAGCAGUGAAUCGGAGCCUGAGUUCACAGAGGAUGAACUUAUGUAUGACGAUUGCUGUAUUGGAGGACGACAGCUGGCAUUUUAAAGAAGAGGUUUCUGUGAAAAUUGACUGUGUACAUAUGUAUAGAAGAAGGGCUGACUUUCUUCCUUUAAAAAGAAAGUCUAAAUGCAGAGAAGACAAUACCGAAAUACUACACUGCCCAGCCAGGAGCACGAAAUGGUAACAAGAACAGUUGGUUCCACGUUCUGACCUGUAUUUAAGUAACAGGAGUGGGAUGUGUAACAUCGUUAGAGAUCUGUGAUUACGCACAACACCUGAUAAAGCGCUGUAUAUCUCGUCGUCUCAGCCAGCUGAAGAUAACAGACUACUACACAUCCAGCGUGCUGCUGACAGAAAUGCAUCAAGAGCCACCUUGCAACGCCAAGUACCACGAGGGGUGUUGUUCCUCGAGGCAAGAUGGGCUCAUGCAAACUCCCCAUGUGCUGGAGACUGUGUUGGGCUGGUGUAACGCUGAUGGCAUUCCUUUGCCUUGCUGACCGACCCCAGGUGCUCUCGGGGCACGGGGCAGCAGGCAGAGGAGUUAAGAGAGGAGAUGUGGCCUCCUGGCUGUUAGGAGAAAGGUAGCAAUGAUGUUAAAUGUGGGCAUUGGAAACAAUGCGUUUCACACCGUGUGUGUCAUAAUUGCUACACUUUUUAGCAAUUGUAUAGAAUGUAAAUACUGUACAUUUCUGUUUAUAAUUAUUUUGGUACAUGUGAGAUAUGUAUUUAUUAAAAAAAAGUCAGAUUACUGUA